AGUGAAGCAGGCUGGAUUCAACAUAGAAAGGAUAUAAAAGAAACCCUGAGUGUUUUUCUUUUCUUUGUUUUAACCUUCCUGAGGUUUGUAAAGUUGAAGGCGAGCGGAGUCGGCGGUGCGCUCUGCGAUGUCCGCCGCUGUUUGGAGGCGGGAUGGGAAGAGGAGAGGAAGCUUGACUUGCAGACGUCGCCUCGCUGGUUCGUGCAGCGGACAGUUAAUUGCUACCUGAAGACAAUUAAGCAGCAGAGAGAGAGAGAUUGUUUGGUGACAAACUUCAAAGAAAGCCCCUGUGCGCUGGAGCAGCCGGUGGAUGUUGCGCCAUGGAGAUAAAGACAAGACUUCGAGCCAUGCUGAUGUUAUUAUGGAUUUUACAAGGUGACACAAAGAAUGUGGAGUUCCCCAAAGGAGAGAUGGAGGUGGUCAAGGGCCAGAUGGUGGUGUUACACGCAUGGUACAGCCCCAACUCAGACAUUUCCAAAAACUCUGUCAUUUGGCACUUCAGGGGAAAUGAAUCCAAGCAGGUGAUAAACUUUAGCUCAGGCGAGGUCGGGCACGGCCAGAACGAGUUCACCAAAAGAGUGGGCUUCAGCGCGGCCAUGCCAUCAGCCAACCUCUCCAUCUACAUCAACAACACCCAGGAGUCUGACUCUGGACUCUACUCCUGCUCUGUCAUCAUCCCUGGAAGUACUGGCCUUUUGGGAGAGAUGCGCCUUAAUGUCAAAGUCCCUCCUUCUCCCCCAGUGUGCACCAUGACAGGGAACCCAGUGGUGAAGGGCAACGUGACUCUGAGCUGCAAGUCCAGUCAAGGAAAACCCAUCCCUCAGUACAAAUGGACCAAGGCUGCACCACUGUCUGAGGUCUUCUUCUCCCCGAUGCAGAACGAGAAACACGGCACCCUCAGGCUGAGCAACCUCACUAAAAGCAUGUCAGGGAAGUACAUCUGCCGAGCCAGCAACACUGCCGGCUCCGACAGCUGCUCCAUUAACCUGGAGGUUAUCACCUCUUCCAACGCAGGCAUGAUUGCAGCAGCCACACUGGGGUCCGUGGUGGGAUUGGUGGCCAUGGUGCUCUUCCUUAUAUUCAUACUGAAACGGAGAAGGGACACUGAGGAGGAGAUGGCCAACGAGAUCAAGGAGGAUGCUCAGGCACCAAAGCGAGUGUCAUGGGCAAAGAGUAACACCGGCUCAGACAUUGUGUCCAAGAACGGCACGCUGUCCUCCAUAGCGACCAGUCCUCGACCCCGAGACCCCCACCAGCCCAACUUCCACUACCCAUACUCCCCCACAUCUGUGUCAGACGCUGGCUCGGUGAUCAACGCCUACCAGCUGCGACCUGGAGAAGCUAACACGCUACAGGGACUGCCCGGUUACAACAUCGGAGGCACGCCGUCACGCAAACACAAGCGACCUCCAAGUACAAACGGGGGCCCUCCGCAGCUUCUCAGAAGCCCCGCGAUCGCCAUACCCAAUAGGACUGAGGGGGCUCAGCCUCAGGUGCCACCUCCACUUGCUGUUUCCCCACAGAUCAGCUCCUCCACUCUGACACGCAUGGGAGCUGUAGCCGUCAUGGUGCCUGCUCAGAGCCAAGCAGGCUCGCUGGUGUAGGCCAGCCAGCGGGAGGACAGAGGUUACAGAUGGAGAGAAAGUAUGCCUUGAAAUGGAAAGCACUUUCUCCAUGAAGACCUGAUUGGUUGUGAGAGAGAAAACGUCUCGCAUGUCCCUUCGGUUUUUUUGUUUUUUUUUCAUUUCAGUUUCUUUUUGUAAGAAACAUAUUUUUAUUUACACUCUUAUAAAGAGAUCUUCAAAAUGAUAUCCAAUGGGCAUAAUGAUUCCAAGAGAGAUGAGUUACCUUCUGUGUCUGGAUACUGUAAACCAUAAUGCACA